AUGUCCACGAUACCUCCUUCGGAAGACUUAGCCCGUCCCUUCCACGCUGAUGUAAAACAGGUUGUGGAUAUCAGGUCUGACCUGGACGCGAACCACAUUGCUAUCUCAUCGAUCAGCUUGGAUGAACCGCUCGUGACUAGAAGGGAGUUGUUGAGCUAUUACUUAUACUCUAACGGUGGUAACGGUGUCGGUUUGGGCUAUACACAGACCCUGUUCCAAGGGCUUGCCACAGCGGCGGGAUAUGAUCCCGUCGUAGGCCCCGGCUCGUCAUGCCUUGCAACGACUGCUUCUGGUCAAUGCGUAGUUCCCUGGGGUAGCGGAACAAAGUCAGUUUCCAGUGUGGUGCUGACUGCAGAUGGUAUUAGUUUCGGCAUCAUGACAGUUAUAUUAACCACUAUCGGUUCUGCUGCUGACUAUGGUACAUUCGGACGGUGGUUGUUGUUCGCUAUCACAGUAGUAUGUUGGGCUGCACAGUAUGCUUGUAUGACACUUACCACACCAAAUCGAUGGGUCCUUGCGAUGAUUCUGUCCAUCAUCAGUUUCGUCUCAUACAGUAUUACUCUAGUCUUCUAUGCUGCUUUAUUCCCUCGUCUCGCCCGAAAUACACCGCGUGUACGUCAGUUGAGAGAGAAGUAUGAAACCGGGGAGAUUUCUCCUGAAGUUUACGAUCAAGAGGAGUCGCUGGAAAAGAAUAGGAUCACCGAUAUUUUUACUGUUCAUAGCAAUGUCGGAUUUGUAACCACAUUAUUGCUGAACUUGGCGCUUUUGCUGCCGAUGGCGAACAACCCUAAGGUAGACAAUUAUGUGAUCGUAGUUGUCAACACAUAUUGGGUGGUAUUAGGUAUCUGGUGGUUUGUCUUCCAGGAAUCUAGGCCAGGCCCCAAAUUGCCUAAAGGUGAACAUUACCUGACAAUUGGAUGGAAGCAGAUCUGGGCUGCGCUGAAAACAUACAAGCAUCUUCCCUACACCUUUGUGUAUCUGUCCUCCUACUUUCUUCUUGCAGACGGGCUCAAUACUACUGGAACCCUUGUUGGCAUAUGUCAGAACGACAAGUUCAGUUUCUCGUUCCUGCAAAAUACAUACCUGGGUUUGUCUCAAGCGAUCACUUCGACAAUCAGCACUCUCGCCUUUUGGUACAUCCAGAAAUAUUGGAAGAUCAGCACAAAGAAGAUGUUUGUGGUCACAAAUGUCGUGACGAUUUUGAUUCCGCUAUGGGGUAUGAUCGGAAUAUGGACAGAAAAACUUGGGUCGGUGUCAUUCGAUUUGUUUCAUGAUAUCAUCAUCCCUCUAAGGAGUGCAUUAGGUUCCACAACGGCGUACAACGUGAUGUUUGGUCUCUUCCAGGCGCCCUAUUACGCGUACUCUCUGACAAUGAUGGCCGAACUUAGUCCGCCAGGUUUUGAAAACAUGUUCUUCGGUCUCUUCGGUUUGUUCAACCGCGCCUCUUCCAUGGUAGGGCCCAAUGUCAUACAGGUCAUCAUCGACAAGACGGGAAACAACUGGCAGGGGUUCCCCUUCCUGUUUGCGAUGUGCACGAUUGCCUCUGUGGUGAUUUGGUUUGGGGUUGAUGUCACGAAGGGGCGCAGUGAUGCCGUGAGGUGGGCGGCUGAGCAGCGCAGGCAUAUACACUAG